AGGUACACACAACCAUCCUGUGUAACAGAGAGGUUCUCUUGCUAAGCUCCUCCUGAUUUUUACAGCUGUGAAAACAGACAUCUGAUUUCUGCAGUCAUGACCAAGCUGAUGAGUCUCACUGUUCUUGCAGUUUUGCUGCUUGCCUGUAUGAAACCGAGUAUCGGAAUUCCACCGACACAGGGUACCGUCAUUGAGAGACUGUGCUGGACCAGUUGGUACGAUCGGGACAAUCCAGGUGGAAAAGGUGACCUGGAGGAUCUGAGGAACCUGCGGAAGGAAUACCCUGGAGAGAUUUGUCGCAGACCUUUUGAAAUUCAGGCCGUCACUGUCAUCGGAAACAUCCCAGCUGAAAGCACAGGGCAGUACUUCAAUGCCUACAAUACCUAUCUAGGCUUCAUUUGCCUCAAUGCAGAUCAGCCAUUUGGUAAAAAAUGCAGGGACUACAAGGUUCGCUUCAGAUGUCCAUGUCGAUUUCCAAUUGACUGAAUCCACGGCUGAAAAUGACCUGAAAGAAAUGAAAAAUGGGAUUUUAUGCAGAUUUUUGUUCCUUUUUCUGUCACUUUAGCAAGUUUUAGUCACUUGUUAUUGGGGCCCUUUUACUAACUAUGGUGAAAAGUCUGUGGGUGAUCUCUAUAUUUUUUUCAACUGUGAAAAAAAUAUCUACAGCAAUAAAAAUGAUUAACAAAAGCAAA